UGCCGCCCCUCGCCAUUGGCCGCGGCCGCCGCUGCCGCCGUCAGCGCGGCGGCCAUUGGCGGCGGCGGCAGCAUGGCGGGCACGGGCGGCUCCUGGCGGCCGCCCCGUUCGUGCGAGGAUUACUGGGGGGAGUGGAAGCAUUGCCGCGGGCUGCGCCACGCCUUCCACCACUACUACGCGCACGGGGAGCUGCCGGAGUGCGGCCGCUGGCGGGAGGACUACGAGGCCUGCCGCGCCUGGGAGAGGGACCGCGCCGCCGCCGCGCAGGAAGCUUUGUGCAAGAGUGAAAGAGCACGAGUUAUGGAGAAACAGAAAUAUGCUCCAGUGUGGAAGCUCAGGAAGAGCCCACCACCUGACUGGUAUCUACCACUUGACCACGACAAAUCAAAUUAACAAGACUGUUUUCUGUGUUUGGUCAGUAACAUAAUACACAAUUCACAAUUAUGCUUUUUUUUUCCUUCCACAUCAUCUUGAAGUUAUUCAACUGUAGCUCUGCCCUACAAUACUUUAGCACUCACUCAAAAAUUCUGAAAUUUUAUUUAAACACUGAAUAUUUUUAAAGGGACAUUUGAGGUGCUUAAUUUGGUUGUGGUCUUUUACUGUUGAUUUACAUAGCAGGAUUUCAUUUCAGCAGGCACCUUCCAAAUUAAUGCAUACAUGCUCUAGCUCUGAGGGCCUCUUGCCCUACCAGCUGGCAUUGAGCACUUCUGGAACAAGGCGCUCACCCCAGGCCUGCCAAAUGGGGAAAAACACCCAGCUGGGACUCUUCCUUGCUGGCUCAGGACAAUCCCAAAUGCUGGGCAUUUAAAGACAUUUCCUAGAAUCAGGGUUGUGGUGGUUGAAGAGCUUCUCACCUGUGGGCUGCACACCCUGUAUGGAACUCCUCUCCAGUGGUGGUGUGUGUUGUGGCAAUGUUCAGAACUACUAAAAAAUAAAGGUUUAAACGAA